AUGUCGCCUCACGUGCUCGUACAGACAGAAAAGCAUGAAGAAGAGAACUUGCAGGCUUCUUUUUUCUUCUGCUUCAUCUGCCUCACCUUCUUCUUCGUGGUUUCACUCCUUGUAAACUACCUCGAAACCUACAAACGCAAACUUGUCAAGUUUCUCCUCAUUCCCUUUGAGGCUCUCCAGGAAGAAGAAGACGAGGAAGGUGAUGGCGAGCAGCAGCUUUUUCGUCAUCUAACGCAACAACAUCUUCAUCAGUUUGACUGCUCUCAUCAGUUAGAACACGGUCACUGCAAUUACGACAACCCUUUCGGUAUGUCUGCACCAAAGUACGCCAUGGAGGACAGAGACGUGCUCUACCACGCCCAAGUCACUCUGGGCUGUAACGGCCUUCGUGAUCUCUAUAACCUUGGCUUCAUGCGUCAAGACACUUUGGAGAGGCGAAUCAAAGCUGCUGGCAAGCGCAUCAACUUGAACAGCACUGUCUCGCUCUGUGCUGUCUGGCUACGCGAGAAGAUUGGCCGCACCUUUUCCACCACGGGCAUGGGCACACGGCCUGAAAUCAAGGAUCUCUGCCUCUUCCUCGAACGCAGAGGCUGCUCGCGAGACAUGUGCUGCCAAACAUUCUACGACGCCUUUCAAAGGGUUAAAGAAAGCCAUGCGAAUCAGGUUUCGCUGCGAGUUGGCAACGUGAUGCUGACGAGCUUCCGCGCCAUUGUCGACCACAUCUAUGAUCACUGGUAUCAAUGGCUCGACGAGCCGGAAACACCUGCGGGCGUGGUCGAUCUCGAAGCAGCUCAGCAGAAUAACGAUGAUGGCAAGUUGCCUCCUUAUCCCGCGUACAAUCACGAUCUCUCCAUGUUGUCGCCAGCUGAGCUUAAUCUUCGCCUUGAGACAAGCCUUGAGCAGCUUCACCAAGGUCAUGACCAUCAUUCCCGUCGCGACAAUGACGAUGCCAAACGUGGGGCCCAGAAACGACAACACCCUGGAUACUGCGCGCCCUUUGAUCUUGGACAGGCUAGCUCCUGGGGCUCUGAGCCCAAUCAGUCUGACAGAUGCGCCACUCGACAGCAAGACUGCGCGUGUAAGCACUGCAGCAUCAUAGGUUGGCUUUCCCAUCUCGCUGGUGAACCCAUCUUAACCGCGGAUUACAUAGACUAUCCUGGACAAGACAAGAAUUGCACUGGAGUUUAUGAUAAAAUGGUCACGAAUCCUCAACGAGCUGCUUUCUUAGCCAGCACUUGCAUCGCCGCCGAGGCAAAUCUCCCGUCUGGGAACAUUGCUCAACAACCGCAAGUCUCUCUUCAGAAGGAGAUGGAUAAGGAGUCGAUGUCUGAUCUAAUUCUAUUUUCUAGCAGCUCUGGAGCUGAUGAAGCCGCUGUUUACGGAAACAAUGAUGUUGCUCGCCAUGCCGAGGGCCGUCUGUCACCUUAG